AUGAAACGGCAGAGAGUGAUUGAAAAGGAUUGGAUUCUCACGAACUCUCUUGCUUCUUUCGUCGAAAAAGCAGUCAAAGAAUUAAGCGGCUAUCGGGCAGUUCGGCUCACAUCGUUGUUUCAAGACGGGUGCGAAAAUGCAUACAUCGCGAGGUAUCGAGAAGAUGUUCACGGUGGACUGCAACCUGAAAAAAUUCGCAAAGCAAAAGAUGCAUAUUUGGACGCUUUACAAUUAAAUGCCAAAGUAACCUCUGCUAUAACUACGAUCACUCCAAAAAUCGCAGGAGCUGUUGCAAAGCAAACUGUAAAAGAGAGAUUGAUUCAAUGUGAAGAUAUCGAUGAAGUAACCGAUAUAUGCAAAGAGUUCGCAGUGGGUGCACGAAAAACAAAAGCGAACAUUUCUAGAGAUCUUGGUCUCGAACCUCCAGCAACGUCUAUUCUUCAUGGCAAUUUCGUAGACUUCAAUAAGUUUUUGUCGAAUGAGUUGAAGUCAGUCAAAGAUGUUGAAGAACAUAUGAAAGUCCUAGUUGCCGAUUUGAUCAAUAAAGACAUUGAAGUUCGGAAACUUGCGUUGAAAAUUGUGAAGCUCAACAGUAGAGUUCCCCUUCAAGUUAGUGCGAAAUUGACCAAAGACGCAGAAAAAAAUCGUGAACAACUCAAAGAAAAAAACCUAUUGAAGAAAUACGACGAUUACAUCGGGAAAAGAUGGAGUGCAGGAAUAAUCAAAAGCUAUCAAGUUUCAGCCUUAAAUAGAGGAACAGAGGAAAACAUUAUUAUGUGGAAAGUAGAAUGUAAAAUUGAUGAUGCGAAGAGAGACCACCCGUUUUCGAAAAAAAAAGUUGAUUCCAGAAUGCAAUCAUUUUUCGUAGCGGCCCUCAAAUACUCUAUCACAGCGUAUUUCAUUCCUAUGGUGGAACGCGGUACUAAAAGAUUCCUAACUCGAAUGUCUGAAGACCGAAAUAUUGUAGUCUUCGGAGAAAAUAUCGAAGAGCUGUUCACUCAAGAAGGUGUUCAUUCUAAGUAUAUUAUUGCUCUCGAUCCAGGCCACACCGUUAAAACUGCAUUUCUUAAUCCGUCAGGAAAUGUUAUUGCAACGAACCAAUUCUUGAUUCGAGACUCCACGUUUGACAACCGUGGAACGGCUUUGUUGAAAUCGUGGUCCUCACAAACGAAAGGAAAAGACUUAGUUUUUGCGAUUGGAAACGGAAGUAAUACACAUAACACACAGAAGGCUGUCUCCAAAAUGAUUGCGAACAACGAUUUUUUCGAGGAAAUUGACGUUUGUUUCUGCGUGGUUCCUGAACAUGGCGCGUCGAAGUAUAGUUGCACUCCUGCUGCAUUGGAGGAGUUUGGAGAAGAUGCUGAAAUCAAACAUAUUUCUGCUAUCUCUAUUGGAAGAAGGCUCAUUGAUCCUAUGUCCGAAUAUGUGAAAAUUGAGCCGCAACACUUGGGCAAAGGACAAUAUCAAUUAUCAGUCGAUGAUAAACUUCUCAAGGAGAAAUUGGUGGCAGUAGUUCGCGAUAGAGUUUCACUAAUCGGGGCAGAUUUGAACUUGGCAAGUGAACAUCUCCUCAGAUAUAUUUGUGGACUCAAUCAAACAACAGCUUCGGGAAUUGUCAAGUACAGAGAAAAGUACGGAAGAUUCAAAUCAAGAGAAGAAUUGAAAAAUGUCAAAGGAAUUGGAGAAGUCACAUAUCAGCAAUGUGCAGGUUUUCUCACGGUUUCUCGUCCAGAUGAUUCCGACGAUGGACCAGCUGCUAAACGAUUCAAAGGAUCAUCUGAGAGUUGGUCACCAUUUGACGUCACAACGGUUCAUCCUGAGGACUACGGAGUUGCUAGAGAACUAUUGGAAAAAAUUGGACAUAGUUUGGAUGAGAUCGUUAGUGGAACAUCAGCUGCUCCUUCUAACUUGACUGUUCAAGAAAAACGGAUUUACGAUUUAUUGAUGUCAAAGCCGGAGCUGAGACCGCCGCCACUCAUGAUGAAAAAAGCUAAAGAAAUAAAAGAUCUGGAAAGAAAUCAGGUUUACAAGGGAGUUGUCACCAAUAGAACUGAUUUCGGUGUUUUUGUAGACAUUGGUGUCGAAAGAGAUGGACUUAUCCAUAUUAGUUGCUAUCCAAUAGAUGACGCUUCCACAAAACCUCUACAAACUAACAAAAACUCAUACGGAAAACGAGAAUACGAACACAAAAGCCAUGAAACCAGAAAAGGGGUGCCUUCGGUUGGAACUGUCCUUGAUGUUCGUGUGAAUGAAAUCCGAGACGACAGAAUCUCACUCAAGCCUGUUUGA